AAGUGACAUGCUGGCAGUCUUAGAUACUGAUUUAGAUUAAGAUAGGUGUGCUAUAUAAAACAUCGGGUUGACAUUAUUGAAGCCUCAUUCGUUGCGCAUCGACAAGAAAUUGCAGCCAAGCGAAUCACAAUGGCGGACUUGAAAGAGGCCGAAAUCGAAAGUGCAAAACUUGCCUUUGAUAUUCAUGGUGAAGGCGAUGUCUUGGAUGGAGUAAAUUUAAAUAAAUUUUUGUAUUGCUUAGACGUAAAUCCGAGUUUGGCUAGAUUAGAAAAAUUUGGUGUCACAAACAAGCCUGGUGAAAAAAAGUUCAAAUUCGAAGAACUACUGCCAAUUUACAGUGAACUUAAGAAAGAAAGAAAAGAUCAAGGAUGUUAUGAAGACUUCAUCGAGUGUCUUAAAUUAUACGAUAAAAAUGAAAAUGGAAAAAUGGCUGCAGGAGAAUUGUCUCAUUCGUUACUAUCUCUUGGGGAGAAAUUAACCGAUCUGGAGGUCGACGAAUUGUUUGAAGAUUGUCUUGAUGAAGAAGACGAUGAGGGCGAAAUCGAAUAUAUACCAUUCUUAAGACGGAUGUGCAGUUUGGAUCCUCCACUUAAGCCCAAAAAGAAGAAGUAAAUAUGAAAUUAUGUUAAACUAACAUUAUGAAGAAUAAAAUUAUAUAUACUUG